AUGGCGGCCGACAAGAUGCCCACGGUCCACUCGCUCGACAAACCAGAAGACCUCCGGCGCCUCCUGCGCCAAGACCGCGGCCAAGACUGCCUGAGCUGCAAAGUCGUGGGCAGCGGCGUCUUUUUCGGCCUGGCCGCGUACAGCUACUUCUCGGGCAUGGCGCAGCUCGAGAGGCGCCAGGCCGCCGUCCUGCAGAGCAGGUCGGUGUUUGGCGUGAGGAGCCGCCGGUUGGGAAUCGCCGCCAUAUCGCUGGGCUUUGUCUGGAUGGGGAUGUGGAGGGCAUUCCGGUAG